UUCUUGACUUUCUCUUCAGCAGAACCAAAGACAGAAUUCCAGCCUAGUCUCUCCUGUCCAGUGGCCUUUUCCAGCCCACAGUUCUUCCAACAAUAUAUGCUGUGCAGUCAUCCUCCUCAGAUCUUCCCAAGCUCUUCUAUAGGAAGUCACUCCCCAAUGGAAUCUCCGAGCUGCUCAAAUGAAAAAGCAGAUGAUGGAGAGAGAGAAGGUUCUGGCACCAUGUUCCAGAGGCUGCAGCUGAGUGGGACUUCAAGAGCAUUCUUUGGCCUAUUUCAAGGUGAGUCAGUAGACAGGGUGGAAGGCAACAGAGGUAGAGGAAUAGACCAGGGGAUAACUUCUGAGAAGGCAGACACAAUGUUCACAGGGGCAGACUGCUCAGAAUCUGGAGUAGUCGUAUCUGAAAAAUAUACACUAGGACAUAGCACAAACUCAAGCCUCUUUAUCCUCCAGAAGCAUCAUGUGUGUCCUGAGUGUGGCAGAGGUUUCUGCCAGAGGUCAGACCUCCUCAAGCACCAGAGGGUGCACACAGGGGAGAAGACUUAUAGUUGCAGGGAGUGUGGGCGAGGCUUUGGCCGGAAGUCUUCCCUCACCAUACACCAGAGGAAACACUCAGGAGAGAAGCCAUAUGUGUGCAGGGAAUGUGGGCGACAUUUCGGGUAUAUAUCCUCGCUCACUAACCACAAGAGGAUACACUCUGGGGAGAGACCCUUUGUGGGUCAGGAGUGUGGAAGAGGCUUUCGCCAGAAGAUUGCACUAGUCCUGCACCAGUGGACACACUUGGAGGAGAAGCCCUUUGUGUGUUCUGAGUGUGGAAGAGGCUUUUGCCAGAAGGCAUCACUCCUGCAACACCAGAGCUCACAUUCAGGUGAGAGACCAUUCUUGUGCCUAAAGUGUGGGUGUGGCUUCAAGCAGCAGUCCCUGCUCCUCAUUCACCAGGUCACACACUCAGGGGAGAAGCCCUAUGUAUGUGCUGACUGUGGACAUGGCUCUGCCCUCAUCAGACACCAGAGGACACACACAGGGGAAAAGCCGUACCUAUGCUCUAAGUGUGGUCGUGGCUUUCGUCAGAAGGUUGCCCUUGUGGGACACCAGAGGACACACACAGGGGAGAAGCCCUAUGUGUGCCCUGACUGUGGGAGGUGCUUUGGUCACAAGGUCACCCUUAUCAGGCAUCAGAGGACACACACAGGGGAGAAGCCUUACCUGUGCUCUGAGUGGGGCCACACUUUUGGUUUCCAGUCACUCCUCAACAGACACCAGAGGACACAUUUAGGAGAGGAAUCUGUUGUGUAUGGAGUGUGUGAACAAAGACUUAGCCAGAAAUCUGACCAGAGGACACACUCAGGAGAGAAGCCAUGUGUGUGUGGUGAGUGUGGGCACAGCUUUGGCUUCAAGUCAGCCCUCAUCAGACACCAGCAAACUCACUCGGGAGAGAAGCCAUACCUGUGCAGUGAGUGUGGUCAUGGCUUUAGUCAGAAGUCUCACCUCCACAGACAUAGAAGGACCAAGUCUGGCCAUCACCCCCUGCCACAAGAGCUCUUCGCCUGACCUUAUUUUUCCUAUCAUCGUGGGUGAGGAGAUGGCAAAAGUCACUGGGAAAUGUUCCACUUUCCUCAAAUACAGUAGAAGAAAAAAUACUGUAUUCUUUCAUUGGUAAGAUAGUGGAUUUAUAAUUACCUCCUGCAUUAGGAAUGUAUUUUAAUUUGGUAUGGCUGCCAUAAUAAAAUACCACAGACAUGAUGUCUUAAAGAACAGAAACUUAUUUUCUUGCAGUUUUAGACUAGGAGUCUACUAUCAACAUGUAAACAAUUUGGUUUCUAGUGAAGUCUUUCUCCUUGGCUUGCAGAUGUGACUUUUCUUGCAGUGUUCUCAGGUGGCCUUUUUCUGUGUGCUUUCCUGUUGUCUUUCCCUCUUGUAAGGACAUCAGCCAUAUUGGGUUAGGGACCUCAUAACAUUUACCUUAAAUAGACCCUGUCAUCAAGUAAAUCACAUUGUAGGUUAUGGCCUCAACAUGAGAAUUUGGGAGAACAACUCAGUCCAUAAAAGCCCUUUAGUCCCCCCCAAUUCAUGGUCUUCUCACAUAUAAAUUACAUUCACCCCAUCUUAAAAGCCCCCAAGUUUUAAUGCAUUCAAACAUCAACUAUGUCCAGAAUCUCACCUAAAUCAAGUGUGGAUGAGACUAGAGAUGUGUUUCCUCCAGAGACAGAAUUCCUCUUCAGCUGUGAACCUAUAAACCAGCCAAGUUAAUCUUCCAAAAUACAAUGGUAGGACAGGCCUAGAAUUCCCAUUCCCAUUCCAAAUGUGGAGGGAGGAAAGGAUUGAUGAUCCCAAACGAGUCUAAAACCUAGCAAGGCAGAUUGUUGCAUUUAAGGCUUAAGAAUGAUCUUUGGCUGGAUCCUCUGCUCUUCGAUCCCACUCCAGUGGCAUCAGCAAUGCUGGGCCCACUGACACCAUGGAAGAAACAUAUUGUCCCCAACUGUUACAGUCUGGGUCCACUUUGGAACUAGCAGACCUCUCAUCUCUGUUUCACCUUUGGGGUCAUUCUUCCCUCUUCUUGAUGAGUAACACAUACUUGUAGUUGGAUAGAUUGAUCCUACCUGUAGAUACCUUCAUUCGGUCCCAUGUGUAUCGCCAUUAGUCCAGUGUGCCAGAGUUCCUGCUGAGAUCAUUGAUUGGUUCCAAGGUAAUUUCUUUAUCAAUGACUGUGUAGCCAUAUCAUGGUGUUCUUUCCAGAACGUGCUUUCUAAUUUUUUUUGCAAUCAGACAAGCUGAGAUUUUCUAAAUCUUCAAGUUCUGGUUCCUUUUUGUUUUAACAGUUCCUUCCAUUUAUGCCACUACUCUCAAAUUUUACUACAAGAAGCAAGAAGAAACCAGGCUGCAUCUUCAACACCUUGUUCAGUAAUCUCAGCUAAAUAUUUGUCACUUAUGCCCACUGGGUACCUCAAAUUUAUGUGGCCAAAUAUAAACUCCUGACAUAAAACGUGUUCUUUUCCCAUGAGUGUCAAGAAGGCAGAAACCACUAGGAAAUGUCCUGCUCCUCUGAAAUGGAAGGGAAGAAAAACAAUGUUGCUUUCUGGCUGUGCUCAUGAGAUGGUUUGUUUAUGGUUUACUUUCUAAGCAGCAGUCCUUCUCUAUAUUAUAUUUGUUUACUUUAAUAAACUGCUUCUUUAAAAAGA